GGGAAGUUCUUUGCUUUGCAGUGUGUUGUGUAUAUUUUGGGCCUCGCAUUUGGAUUUGAUUUCAUAUAGUCUGGCGCUUGGACUACCCAUCUACAGACUUCUUUCUGGAAUCUGGAAAGAUGAACAGCAGUGCCAGUAAGAGGGCGCCCACCACAGCAACCCAGCGGCUCAAGCAGGACUACCUGCGCAUCAAGAAGGACCCCGUGCCUUACAUCUGCGCAGAACCCCUCCCCUCCAACAUUCUAGAAUGGCAUUAUGUGGUCCGAGGGCCGGAGAAGACCCCCUAUGAAGGUGGCUACUACCACGGGAAGCUGAUCUUCCCUCGAGAGUUUCCCUUCAAGCCUCCGAGCAUUUACAUGAUCACGCCAAACGGACGAUUCAAAUGCAACACGCGGUUGUGUCUGUCCAUCACUGACUUCCAUCCGGACACGUGGAAUCCGGCCUGGUCCGUCUCCACCAUCCUCACGGGACUCCUGAGCUUCAUGGUGGAGAAGGGACCCACACUAGGGAGCAUAGAGACCUCAGACUACACGAAACGGCAGCUGUCUGCCCAAAGCCUGGCGUUCAACCUGAAGGACAAAGUCUUCUGUGAGCUCUUCCCAACAGUAGUGGAGGAGAUGCGCUGUAAGCAGAAGGCUCUGGAGGAGGCGUCUUCGCGACCGCAGGCCCUGCCCCUCCCCGACGUCGUCCCUAACGGAGACGCUGGUCACCACGGCAACUACGGAGCCCCCGGAGCCCUCAACGGCCACGCCCCCCUCGCGCCAGGCCCCGCCCACGACCCCGCGCUGCACGGCAACCGUAACCACGGACUCCUGGGGGGCGCGUUGGCCAACCUGUUUGUCAUCGUGGGCUUCGCGGCGUUCGCCUACACGGUCAAGUACGUCUUGAGGAGCAUAGCACAGGAGUGAAGACCAGAGGGGGGGGGCACCGAGCGGA